AUGUAUCUAUAUAUGUAUCUCCUAUCUAUAUCUAUCUAUCUAUCUAUCUAUCAUAGUCUAUUUACAUCUAUUUUUAUAGAUCCGGCUGGAUUUCAUUUACGUAUCUUUUUUGACAGAGAUGAACAUGGAAUUGUUAAAGAAAAUCCGGCAUGUAUUCCGUGUGUUACCUCUGAUGGUCCGGCGGCCUUUAUUUUACUGAUCUUUCUUCACGUGGAUGAACAUGGGGAUGUACGGAAAAUCCGGCAUGCAUUCCGUGUAACCUCUUUUGCUGAACGCAAGGAGAGAAUUCAACAGAACAAUCUUUAUCCAAAUCAACAUGACCCUGAAGGGGGAGCCGAGCCAAAGUUUAUUCAUUUGAACAAAAUGAAACAGAACAAAAUUCCACGACCGGUUGGCAGUUCGAUCCGAUUCAAAUGCAAAGCCACUGGAAUUCCACAACCAGAGGUGCGGUGGUUAAAAGAUGGUCAGAUCUGGGUGUCCGAAGAUGUCGGCAGCUACCAGGACAGUCGGCUGAGGUGGACACUAAAGAUCAAUGACCUACAAGAAAAGGAUAGUGGCAAAUAUACUUGUAUCGUGACCAACCUUCAUGGCAGUAUUAACUAUACGUAUACGUUGGAAGUUGUAGAAAAAGUCCAUGACAAACCAGAAUUCUUGCCACCACAUCCACUUAAUCAAACAGUUCGACAUGGCCAACAAGCUUCAUUUCAAUGCCAUGUGAAAAGUGAUGCCCAGCCCCACAUAACGGUAAAUAAAAUAGCUUUCUUCUUUCAUAUCUAUUAG